AUUAACUCGAUAGUCAUGAUAUGAUAGGCUUAGAAAGAUAUUCUCCACAAAACAACCUCUGAAAUGUAAAAUUGAGAUAUCGAAUGGAACCCAAUACUUUGAGUUGUAUUUUGGGCAAGAACUCCAACAAAGAAACAUAACCCAGCUUCUGAUAUUCUUCUCCGCCUCAGCUUAGAACCCAUAACUCAACCAUGACGAUAGCUUCUCAGCUUCUGAUAUUCUUCUCCGCUCCUUUUGUGCAUUUGUGAGCACCCUCUGCGCUAGCACACAGGUAUAAUCUCAUAUCUCAAGAAAUUCUUUUCCGUGUAUAAUUCUUUUCAUCUGCUACUUCUACUUUCCGCUGCCAAUCACCUCCCUCCCACCAAUCCAGGUUUAUAAGGCAACCUAAAUAUGAGCAUUUUAGUGAGCUUCAUAUGGCUAUUAAACUAUGUGGAAGCUCUAGCAGCAUGAGUUCUUAAAGGUAUCUGGUUUAGAAGAUCUCUCCAGGCAGGAGUCUUGAAGAAAGAAAACAAAGGCUGAUUAGUAUGGGGGGCGGGUCUAGGGGUCAAAAGCAGCUUUCUGGAAUGCAAAAACAGGUGCUCUCACUUUACAGGCAAUUCUUAAGAGCAGCACAGUCCAAACCUCAGAAAGAAGAGAGAAGGCAGAUUGAGUGUCUGGUGUCGGCUGAGUUUCGUCGGAAUGCCGUUCAAGUUGACCGUAAGAAUUUCUUGUACAUUGAGUACUUGCUUCGUCGUGGUAAGAAGCAACUUGAAAUGCUCAAAAGCCCAGAUACCGUCCGGUUGUCCUCUUUGACGGUUGCUGUUGACCCUUCAUCUUCUUCACAAACAACUAAAUAAUGGAUAUGAAUGUGAGUGAACUUUGCAUGUUUCUCAUUUACAUAUUGUAUAGUCAAAGGUAGGAAAUGCUGUUGUCACUUUUCUUUUAUAAUGAUUAUUAUUAUAUUCGUAUAUUCUAAUAUUUUUGCUUACUCUGCGCUGCCUGGUUUGCAUGCUCUGUGUGGUUUUCUGUAAACUCAUGGUGUAAUUGAAUUGUGGUCCUAUUGUUAAUCUCAUUUUCUUGUUACGCUGACAUGCUCAAUUUGGAUUGCGUGG